GUGAGAUAACCCGGUUAUGAGGUAAAAGACACUGAGGCUCAACGGCACUUUAGUACUUACUGUAUAUGCCGCCACAAACACUUCACAUGUGGAGCACACAGAGCACAUGAGACAGGCAGGCGUGAAAUGUUAUUCAAUGAGGACAAAAUGGAGCAAGUCAACUGGAACAAGGUGGUUGGGAAAUAAAAGGACUUGAUGACGUCAGCAGAACGGGAUCGAUACAUGUCAGAAAUUGUGCCCCCUGAAGUGAGACCUAAACCUGUCGUCCCAGCUAAGCCCUCUCAUGUGGCCCCGCAUUCUAGUGGUCCCUUUGUGCCUUCACCCCAAGGAACAGGGGGUGAAGGUCGGGGAUCUGCAUUGCUUGGAUACAUUGGAAUAGACACCAUCAUCGAGCAGAUGCGGAAGAAGACCAUGAAGACAGGCUUUGACUUCAACAUCAUGGUGGUUGGUCAGAGUGGUCUUGGGAAGUCUACUUUAGUGAAUACUCUUUUUAAGUCACAGGUGAGCAGGAGGACCACAAGCUGGAGCCGUGAUGAGAAGAUCCCAAAGACUGUGGAGAUUAAAUCUGUAUCUCAUGUGAUUGAGGAAGGAGGGGUGAAGAUGAAGUUAACAGUCGUUGACACACCAGGUUUUGGGGACCAAAUCAACAAUGAAAAUUGCUGGGAGCCCAUAUCCAAAUACAUCAAUGAACAAUAUGAGAAAUUUUUGAAGGAAGAAGUCAACAUUGCUCGCAAGAAACGCAUCCCUGAUACCAGAGUGCACUGCUGCUUGUACUUCAUAUCUCCAACUGGACACUCGCUUCGCCAGUUGGAUAUUGAGUUCAUGAAACAUCUGAGUCGUGUGGUCAACAUCAUUCCUGUCAUAGCCAAGUCGGACACACUCACUCUUGAUGAGAAAACUGAAUUUAAACAGAGGGUGAGGAAGGAGCUGGAAGCGUGUGGGAUUGAGUGUUAUCCACAGAAGGAGUUUGAUGAAGACAUGGAGGAUAAGAGUGAUAAUGAUAAGAUCAGGGAGGCAAUGCCCUUUGCAGUGGUAGGAAGUGAUAAAGAGUACCAGGUCAAUGGCAAACGAGUUUUGGGCAGGAAGACAGCCUGGGGAGUGGUGGAGGUUGAAAACCCAAAUCACUGCGAAUUCUCCUUACUCCGUGAUUUCAUGAUUAGGUCCCACCUCCAGGACCUGAAGGAGGUUCACUCAUAACAUCCACUAUGAGACGUACCGUGCCAAGAGGCUCAACGAUAACGGAGGUCUGCA